UGAAGAUGUACUGGCAGUCCGUCCUUGCCGCCACACUCAGGCAGAUGGUGAUGUUGGAGAAGGGGUUGGAGAUGUUGCAGGCCAUCAUGGCACGUGCCCCCCUGGGCACAGACACCACGCCCUGGGUGCAGACUUGUUUCUGUUCCUGAUUUAUUGUUACCGGAGGGCAGCUUUUUUUUCUCAUGAUAUAUGUACCACGUUUGUGAAACAACAGCAACCGACAGAGAACAGCCGAGGAUGGAAGAACCACCGGGAAGACAUUACCUGAGAGAGGCGGUGGGCACUCAGGGCCCCUCUUUCAAGUGUGUUCUUGUACACGCGUGUGCACGCACAUGCAUGUGGUUUUACGAAUUUGGUGACUGAGUGGAGAGGGACGCCUGCCCUGAUCCUGCCUGAACCUGCUCAGAUAAUGCAAAACAGGCUGAGACCUCACAGCUGGACACAGUCCAGUGGCAGCCUUUCCAGUUUCAGGACCUGUCAGCAGUCGCCAGGAUUGGGCAUAAACAGCUCAUCACCAUUAAAUGUUGCUGGAAACCUUAUGUGGAUGGAAGGUUCUAGAAAGAGGUGUCACAAUUGCCCAUGCUGGGGCUUAUCCUGGCACCUCAGAUAAGAUCUGAUCAAUCCUUUUCCUGAAUAUUUUUACAAAAUAUCUUUUCCUAAAUUGGAAGCUUCUGACACACCCGAGGGGCCGAAAGCCAUACUUGCUGAUCAUUGGUGGUCACUCCCGCCCCCUGGCCAGAGCCCUCUGUGCCCACCUGAAGGGAGCCCCUGCCGGGCGCGGUCCUGCUCCUGACUCUGGGUCAUGCACGAGCUGCACUUUGCAGGAUGUGGGCAGAAAUUCACCUUGUGUGGUCUCACCUCUGGCCACUGGCCGGGCCCUGGAGGAAGCCUUGGGAGGCGCCUCAGUGUUUCCAGUUUCUUUCUGCCUCAAGAACAGUCUGCUGGGAACUUUGCAGGUCCUCAGAGGUCUCCCAGGGACUUCCCAGGGCUGCUCCCUUGUCACAGGAUCCAGGGCUUCCAUGGGGUUGCACCUCCCUCAUAGUGGCCUCAGAGGACACCACCUUUGUCCCUCAGCCAUCAGCAGACACACAGCUGUCUCUGCUCUGCCGCCUCUGGCCGACCUCCGCACAGCCUUUGGCAUCCACACUUCCGCAGCAGUCCAGUGCGGGUCCCGGUUCCCUGGUCUCUGGGGGCAGGAGGAGGCAGGCCAAGCUCGCCCCCAGCCAGUGAUGUGGGAGGACACGUUCCCGGGGAGGCAGCAUGCUGAUCCCCAGGACUCCAGCCCUGCCAGGACAGGUGAAGGCAUACCUGAGCCAGUGGGCAGGUGUCCUCAGGGCUGCACGGAGGAUUCACAUCCAAGGAACCUAAACCAGAAUGCCACCCAGGUGGCCACCCCUGUGCCCUGGGCACGGAGUGAGCUGCAGAGCUUCCUGUUGGCGGCCCGGUGCACCUACCAAAUGCCCAGCUGCACAGACACACCGCCCCGAAUCCUCUGUCCAGACACAUUUGUUUCCACCACAGCAACCUCGGGACUCAGCAGGAAGGGCAGGCAUGUCCUCCCUGAAGGGAGGGGCCCAGGGGCCUGCAGCAUCCAGAAGGAGGCCCUCCUGGUCGGACCAUCCUCCUCACACACCGUCCUCACUGUGAUCGGGUGUUUAUCCUUCCGAAUAAGUUUAGACUCGUGUUUCAAGUUUCAAGUAAAUUUCCUGGAUUGUUGCUUGAGAGUAAAUGACUGGAUGGAUUGUUUCAGUCCUGGGCCUGCAAACCUGUGUGUGCGAGGGCCUCAUUUCACGCAGACAUGGCGACAGACAGAUGCUGCAGUAGAUGCUCUGUAUACAGCAGGUGCUCAAUCCCUGUGGACUGUGCAGCCUCCUCACUGUGAAGGGCUCGGUCAGUCCCAGCAGCAGUGGGCCCUCGGUAGGCCACUUCAGCCCAGCUGGAUAGGUCAAAGGUCAGCCUUGGUCCUCACCUGGGCCAGGUGACACGGGGAGGUGGUGACCUCAGUGAAGACGUAUUUAUGUGCCACGUGAUGACCUGCUCAGCUGGACUUUGAGAGGGAGGGUGUGUGCUGACAAGUGAAAGGAAGGCAGCCCAGCCUUGGGGGUGGGGUAGGGUGGAAGCCAGGCUGAGGUCUGAGGUCUAGCUGUUGCUCUGGGAGGAUGCCAACCUUCAGUUUCGAGGGCAAGGCCCCCUGGGUGGGGGUGGCGGUGGGGGUGCUCCGGCCCUGAGCUUCGAUCACUCCUGGCCUGGCUGCCCUUUGCUCUGGGGCAUUUUGUCUGCCUGCCAGGGUGGAGGGGGCAAGCUCCCCAGAUAAGGUCAGCCCCACCAGACCCCCGGCCCCAUCAGCCUCCCCAGCUGACAGCCACCGAGGUUUUCACCACACCACACACCCUGAAAUCCUAACAGUUACUUUACACUGACUCAUUUUUCAAACCUUAUUAUCUAUUUUAGCCUCACCUUGAGAAAUGCGCAUCUGUAAGUCAUUGAUGGACGUGCUAUAUAUACCUAUGUUUUUCUAGUACGCAAUGAAAUGACCACAAGACAACUAAACCAGGAAGUGCCACGGACCCCUACCACUACCUGGUGGCCUCCGUAGGGGUGCAGCCUCUAGAAAGGUGGCCCCUGGCCAUCCUCUGUCAUGUUCUCAGAGGGAGGCCAGUGUCUGUUCCCGCUGAGAGCUGGCAGGGAUGCCAGCCUCCUCUUCCCGAUGCCCAA